GCUGUGUCGCUAUGGAAACGAGUACUACUUUCUUUCCCGUGGCCGUAAGCACGAUGGCGACUGGGGAGCCGCGGGAUAGAGGCGGCUACUACUUCAGAUUCCUACCUCAGAGAACCUUCUCGUCCCUGAGCGCCCGGGAGAUCACCAACAGGCUCCGCCAGUGGUCCAUGUUGGGAAGAAUCCAGGCUCAGGCGUUCGGCUUCGACCAGACGUUCCAGCCCUACCAAAAGGAUGAUUUUGUCAUGGCUUUUUUCAAAGACCCAAAUGUUAUUCCAAAUUUGCAGUUACUCUCAGAUUCUUCUGGACAGUGGACAACAUUAGGCACUGAAGUGAAAAAAAUUGAAGCUAUAAGUGUUCCAUGCACACAACUUUCAAUGUCAUUUUUCCAACGGUUAUAUGAUGAAAAUAUUGUACGAGAAAGUGGACACAUUGUCAAGUGCCUAGAUUCUUUCUGUGAUCCGUUUCUCAUUUCAGAUGAACUGAGAAAAGUUUUGCUCAUGGAAGACUCAGAAAAAUAUGAAGUUUUCAGCCCAGUGGAAAGAGAAGAGUUCCUGUUCUGUCUUUUUAAGCAUCUCUGCCUUGGAGGGUCCCUUUGUCAGUAUGAAGAUGUGCUAAAGCCUUAUCUGGAGACGGCAAAGCUGAUCUAUAAGGAUCUGGUGAGUGUUCGGAAACAUCCUCGAACCAAGGAAAUACAAAUUACCUCUUCUGUCUUUAAAGUGAAAGCCUACGACUCUCUGGGUGUGUGCUACCCUUCACCUAAAGAACAUGAGCAGACAUUCUCAUAUUUCGUUGUGGACCCCAUCAAGCGACACGUGAAUGUCCUGUACCAUUGCUAUGGUGUAGGGGAAAUGGCUUAGUGCUGUUUAUAAGCCAUCUGUUAGCACUGCUCCUUAGUUCAUGGUAUCUCUGUGUUAGCCCUAAUGGGUAGAUAAAAGGGCUCUUUGCAGACCAAUCAAAGGCCACUGUAAAGAGCCCAUUUUGAGCUGAAGAGAGCAAACACCAAAGUGCCUUUCUCUAAAUUUGUCCAACAUACUCAUGCUAGAAUCCCCGAUAGAUCCUGUACCAAGUAGAAAGUCACAGGUUCAUGUUCGUUCUGUUAAGAUGCAGCCACAUCCCUAAUUUCCUUCUUUAAAAAUUGUUUUUAGUUUUUUGAGGAAGUGUCUCACGUACCCUAGGAUAGGUGAGCCUUGAACUCAGUAUGUAGCUGAGGAUAGUCUUGAACUCCUGAUUCUCUUGCCUCUACCUCUUGAGUGUUGUAAUACAAACAUGUACCACCAGGCCUGGCUCUAUGUUACUGUUUGGGAAGCUAAUUGAUUCUGGAUUAGAAUAGAAACAUUAAACAUCUCUACCACCAGC